AUGUUCGGCUUGGACAUGUUCAGCUUCGACAUGUUCGGCUUCGAUGUGUUCGGCUUCAAUGUGUUCGGCUUCGACAUGCUCAACAUGUUCCAGCUCCCAAGCUACCUGGGUGACUUCAGCAAAAUCAUUAUCUACUGCACGCUGGCUGUGUCCUGCCUGGGGGUGGUGGGCAAUGGACUGGUGCUGUGGUACCUGGGCUUCCGCAUCAAGAGACGUGCCCUGAAUACCUAUCUCCUGAACCUGGCUGCCGCCGACUUCCUGUUCCUCUGCUGCCAGGCAGGCUUCUGCAUCAGCCAUGUGGCGCUGGGCACCUCGCAGAGCACGAUGUUCUUCGUGGUCACCUUCUUGUGGUUCUCAGCAGGGCUCUGGCUGCAGGCGGUCUUCUGCACCGAGUGCUGUAUUUCCUACAGCUUCAGCUACUGCUGCAAGUGCAACCGCCCCAAGUGGACCUCAGUCAUCAUCUGUGCCUUGGGCUGGGUGAUGACCAUGUCAGUGGUGCUGGUGACUGCCAGGGCCUGUGGCAUGCUACAAGACAGGUUUCGCCUGGUGGCCUGCCUCCGUUACCAUGCUGCCAGCAUCGCCUGGCUGGCAACCCUCAUGACCAUCGCCUGUGGGGCCAGCAUGACUCUCCUCUGGCUGAGCUGCUGCAAACUGCGCCAGUUUCCCAAGUUCUACCGCAUCAUCAAGACAACAGGGUCCCUGGUUCUCAUCUGUCGCCUGCCUUUUGUCCUCUAUUGGAGCCUGCGACCCAUCAUAAACUUCCUGAUGCCCAUGUUCCUCCCUCUGGCCACCUUCCUGGCCUGCAUUGACAGCACCUCUAGGCCCAUCAUUUACUACAAGAUGGGCAAGCAGCCCGGGAAGCGAGAGAUGCCCGGGGUGGUCCUGCGGAGGGCCCUGAGCGAGAACACCCAGCGGAGCACUAAGGGGCUGUCUAGCAAGCUGGCUAAGGCACUGCCUACGAGGCUGUUAAGAGGGAGCUCGCCAUCGUCCAGUGGCGCGUUCCGUCAGUUUGCCACCCUUGAAAUCUUCGCGGUGUUAAAAUGCCGCCUGGGUCCACGGCCACCGUUCCCCGAGCUAUGCUGCUGCCUUUGA